AUGUUGAUCACGUUUGGUCUCAGACACUCUUCGUUUCCAUUGGCCUUGCAUUGGACCGCCAACCGCUCAAACAGGUGCCGCGGGAUGUCCACAUAUAGUCUGAACUCGCCGUUCAGUCCCAUGGCCAGAAACCUGCCGUUUGGCUCGCGGUUGAGAUUCCACAGCGGUUUGAACUCGCACGCAUUCAACCUUGGAAUAAAUGGCACUUUCCACGCAACGGGCGGCUCGCCGUAUUGGAGACGAGAGUCCCGUUUGGUGUCCAAAACUGUGAGAGUUUGCUGUUGGCGAUCAGCAACUAUCAGUUUGUCUCCCAAAAUCACGCUGUUGCCCAUGAGAUUGCGGUUCACUGUGUCAUGGUACGUCUCGGCGAGCUGUCCGUCAUCCUCCCCUGAAUACUCGAAUGUGAAUACCGAAUCGUUUGCUGUAACCACCUGUCACCAGAAGCUUGUCGUUCUGGUAUAUGUUCAGAAUGCCGUUUUUGGAGGUGAGAAUCUGGUAUUUUGGGGUGAUCUCCAUGUCGUGCGGACUCACAAAGUCAGGGCUUUUAUCGCGGAUACAAGUCUGGCAUUCCAACCGCAUCUGGCCAGAGUUGAACCGGUACUGAUAGAGAACAUUGUCAAACGUUCCAACAAACAGCAGAAGCUCGUCGUUCAAUUGGACCAGUUUUACCAUUGUGGGCUGGAAAUUGUCGAUUCGCGUGUUGAUCAGCACAUCGUCUCCAAAGACAGUAAAAGCCUGCAAGUUCACCUUCUUCGUAACAUCUUCGUAUUCAAGUCGGCCAAUUCCUGGAUAUCUCCCGUCUCGUCCUCUUUGGAAAACGCAAUGUGCCUGGACUCGUACCAAUUGGUCAGCACAAAGUGCUGUCUGUCGUCCAACUCAAACCGGAAAAUCUGUGUCAUGUCUUUGUACUUUAGUUCGGGAACAGACUUCUCGGCCCUGUGGCCCCAAUGCAUGUUAAAUAGGGAACCGCGCGAGUCGCAUCGUCCGACUGCCCAGAGCUCCUGCGUGGAAGUCGGGUUGACAAAUUUGGACCGUUGCGACGGCACAAUCGCAUAG